CAGACCCGGCCUUGCUCUGCCCCCCGCCGGCCCGACCCCGGCCUCAUCCCCAGGACAAGCCCUUAUCUGAUCCCGGCUCCUGGUUUAAGAGUCCUGGCCCUACCCGUCGCGCAGCUCUGCUCCUCACUCCUGUCACUUCUGCCCUCCCCGUCCGUCAUCUGUCCCGCUGGCCCGUCCGAGGGGCCACUCCACCUCUGACCCAAGAUGACUUCAGUUGCCAAGGUAUAUUACAGUCAGACCACUCAGACAGAAAGCCGGCCCAUAAUGGGCCCAGGAAUACGACGGCGGAGAGUGCUGACCAAAGAUGGUCGCAGCAACGUGAGAAUGGAGCACAUUGCGGACAAGCGCUUCCUCUACCUCAAGGACCUCUGGACAACCUUCAUUGACAUGCAGUGGCGCUACAAGCUUCUGCUCUUCUCUGCAACCUUUGCAGGCACCUGGUUCCUCUUUGGUGUUGUAUGGUACCUGGUAGCUGUGGCCCAUGGGGACCUGUUGGAGCUGGGGCCUCCUGCCAACCACACCCCUUGUGUGGUUCAGGUGCACACACUCACGGGAGCCUUCCUCUUCUCCCUUGAGUCCCAGACCACCAUUGGCUAUGGCUUCCGCUACAUCAGUGAGGAGUGCCCUCUGGCCAUCGUGCUUCUUAUUGCCCAACUGGUGCUCACCACCAUCCUGGAAAUCUUUAUCACUGGUACCUUCCUGGCAAAGAUUGCCCGGCCCAAGAAACGAGCUGAGACCAUCCGUUUCAGCCAGCACGCAGUUGUAGCCUCCCACAAUGGGAAGCCCUGCCUUAUGAUCCGAGUUGCCAAUAUGCGGAAGAGCCUCCUCAUUGGCUGCCAGGUGACAGGCAAACUGCUUCAGACUCACCAGACCAAGGAGGGUGAGAACAUCCGGCUCAACCAGGUCAAUGUGACUUUCCAAGUAGACACAGCCUCCGACAGCCCCUUUCUCAUUCUCCCCCUGACUUUUUACCACGUGGUGGAUGAGACCAGUCCCUUGAGAGAUCUCCCUCUUCGCAGUGGGGAGGGUGAUUUUGAGCUGGUGCUAAUUCUAAGUGGGACAGUGGAGUCCACCAGUGCCACCUGCCAGGUGCGCACUUCCUACUUGCCUGAGGAAAUCCUUUGGGGCUAUGAAUUCACCCCUGCCAUCUCGCUGUCAGCCAGUGGCAAGUACAUAGCUGACUUCAGUCUUUUUGACCAAGUUGUGAAAGUGGCCCCCCCUAGUGGCCUUCAUGACAGCACUGUGCGCUAUGGAGACCCUGAAAAGCUCAAGCUGGAGGAGUCAUUAAGGGAGCAGGCUGAGAAGGAGGGCAGUGCCCUUAGUGUGCGCAUCAGCAAUGUUUGAUGGCCUCUUCCCACCUCCCGAGCCCGCCAUUCUCUUCCUCUCUUUUGAUGCCCUGGGCAAGGGAUACUACCUGGGUUCACUGCAGAACCCCAGAAGCACCCGUCCUUCACUCCCUCUUCUUUAAUCCAGGGGCCUGUCGGUAGCAUAGGCCAACUGGGGGUCCAAGUUUCCUCCUCCUGUCCCCUUUCACCUUCCCCUGCUUCCACCCUAAGGCACACAACUCCCUUAAGCCAGGAUGGGGGAAGGAGAGAGAAGAUUAGGCUGAAGUGGCUUAGAAGGCCUCAGCCAUGCUUGGAGACUCACAUUAAGAGGACCAUGUGGUUGGAUGGAAUGACUCCCCCCAUGAGAAAGUACGGUGACUUGAAGCUGGAGCUCCCCCUCCCCUGUCUCUAUGUUUCCAUCUAGCAAGUUCCUUAAGGCAAGACUCCUUUUGAUGGUUACUUUGUGGUCUGUACCCUCAGAAAUAUAAGAAUCUAAAAUCAUCUUAUUUGGGGGUCACUACAAAUCCCCGUUGAAAGAGACCAGGGGUUUCCAUAGUGUAUUUAAUUUUCAGUAGUUAUCCCUGACCAUAAUCUGGGCCCUUGGUCACCACUACUUUCCCCUUUCCAGUUUUCAAAUGGAGCCUCCAGGAUAUAUAGUUCUUUCAUAGCUUCUAUUCUCAGAGAGUUGGGAUGGGCCUGAGAAACACGCAUGUACUCACAAUAUUCACACCUACACUCAUUGAAAUUCUCAGUUUUUGAGUUGUUGUCCAAAGCUUUGAACCUGUCCUCCAGGCUGCCCUGGAAAGAAUUGCUUCCCUGUGUUCUGCGAAUGAGGGAGUCUA